AUAUUCUCAAUUGGUUAAUAUGGGAAAAAAUAGACCAACUUUACCAAAACUCCCUAUUUGUUUCAGCCUUUUGAACAAGGUCUUUGCUAAAAGCAUCAAGCACUACUCAAACUUCCACAUUUUGUCAGUUGAUCUGAGGCACUACGAGGGAAAAUAGAGAAGAAACCAUUUUUGGGCAGUUAUUUUUUUUUAGAUUUUUGGCUCCAAAAAAAGUUUAGGAAAAUGACCAUAUAUAUGAGAAAACAAAAGGAGUUUCAUUGGAAAGUGAAGCAAAAUUUCUGAAUCUGAAUGAGAAAACCAGAAUUUAGCAAAUCAAUGGCACCGGGAGGGGGUGUCCUUAGGCAAACUACACUUACCGGGGGAACUAUUCAAGCAACUCAAUCACCAGAUGAAUCGAAUUGCACUACUCCCGUUGUUAAUACUGAUGAUUUCGCUAGACUCAGAAAAGGUCGUGGAAAGACUAGAGGGAAAGGUCUUGAAAAAAUGAAGAAGGCUAUUGGAAGCAAGAUGAAAAUAGAGAUCCCGAUUGUUAAAGGAAGGCCAAUAAAGCCAAUUCAAUCAGCCAAACUAUCCAAUGAAUUAGGGAUAAUUGCUCAUAAUUUUCUUCCACUUCCAAAUAAGUGGAAGGAACUUACAAGAGAGGACAAAAAUGCAACACUAAUUAGAUGCCAAAAACGAUGUGAAAUAAACAAGGUCAAUCGAACUAAGCUUAAAUCUAAUCAUUUCAUGGGAUCAAAAGCAUUUGUAGCAGAUCGUGCAGAAAUUGGUGAAAAGGAACAUGAAGGUGUAGAGCCUGACAGAAUUGAGUUCUACAAGCAUACUCAUUGCACAAGUGAAAAGGGAUGGUCAUUUGAAGAAGCUGAGACUAACUAUAACAACAUGACAGAUUUAAAAGCUCUUUAUACUUCUGGAGAGUCUUCCAUGACUAUUGAUAAAAUUGUGGAUGCUGUGCUUGGUAUAAAAUAGGGGUAUAUAAAAGGUCUUGGUUAUGGUCCUAAACCUAAUACUAUAAGUGCAACACAAAGGAGAAUGGCAGGGUUAGAAUACUCCCUCAAAAAGGCAAAAUAGGAAGCUGCUAGUGCCCAAAA